UAUUUUAGCUGAGCUUGUUGGUUUCCCUCGUUUUCUCGGUAACACAUAGAGCACUCCUUGCUGCUCAGCCCCAGAAUCAUGUCACCGCCGUGACUUCAUGUUUUACCUCUGUAAAAACAUACUUCCUUGGUGUUUAACAGCCCAGUCGGUUCGACAUGGACGAGCCGGACACGGCAGCGAUCCUUCCCGGAGACCUCCUCGGCGCCUCAUCAACGGACGACCAGCUGUCUGAUUCUGUGGACCGGAAAGAGGAAGCGGGUCUACCGACCACCACCAGGUCCGUGCCGUCGCCGUGUACGUGCCCUGUGCCGGUGUCCGUGGAGCCGGUGCUCUUCCUCUCCAUGUUCUCACUGGCCCUCCAGGCACCUCUUUCCACGCAGUAUCUAUGGGACCGAAUUAGCGAGGACCUCGGCUUCAACGGCUCCAAGAGGUCGGAGUGCAGCAACAGCUCAGUGGAUCCAGACCCUCUGCAGAAGGAAGUUGAAACUCUAACAGCCCACUGGAACCUGUACAUUAGCCUGGGGGGCUUUUCUGUCGGGCUCUUGGUGGUCCCUCUCCUGGGCUCGUGGAGUGAUGUUGCAGGUCGCAGACCUGUCCUCAUCCUCCCCAACUUCGGCCUGGCCCUGCAGGCUGUGGUCUACCUUGUGGUGAUGUACCUCAAGCUACCUGUGGUCUACUUUCUGGUAGGUCGGCUGCUCAGUGGGCUCUCGGGGGAUUUUAAUGCCAUCCUGGCUGGCUGCUUUGCAUAUGUGGCAGACAUCAGUGAUAAGAGGUCCCGCACCUUCAGGGUGGCGGUUUUGGAAGCUUGUCUGGGAGUUUCGGGGAUGUUGGCCAGCAUCAUAGGAGGCCAGUGGCGGCGGGCACAGGGUUACAUCAACCCAUUCUGGCUGGUCCUGGCCACCAACCUGGCCUCAGCUCUCUACGCCUACCUCUUCGUCCGAGAGUCUGUCCAUCCGGACCCCAGCGCUAGGCUUUUCACCACUCGCCACCAUAAAGCUGUCUGGCACCUGUACUCCACAGGAGGCGUCAGCAGUGAAGGUGGUGGACCACUUCACAGGGGCAAGCUGUGGCUCUACACGCUGUGCUUCUUCCUGGUGGUGGGCGUUCACUUCGGCAGCAGAGAGCUGUACGUACUGUACCAGCUGAGCUCCCCGCUGUGCUGGGGCUCGGCCCUCAUUGGCUACGGAUUGGCAGCUCAUAACCUUGCCUACCUGAGCAGCCUGCUGGGGCUGAGGAUCAUGCAGCGCUGCCUUCAGGACUCCUGGGUGGCUCUGGUUGGCCUGGUCUCAAAUAUAACUGGGUUGGUGGUCUUCUCUGUGGCGGAUACCACCCAGCUUAUGUUCACAGGUUACGGCCUGUGCUUCCUCUUCAUGGCUUCAACCCCUGUCCUCAGGUCAAAGCUUUCCAAGUUGGUUGACCCGUCAGAGCAAGGGACCCUGUUUGCCUCCGUUGCCUGUGUGGAGAGCUUAUGUUUCCUUGUGGGCAGCAGCGUCUUCAACACCCUCUAUCCAGCCACACUACAUUUCAUGAAGGGUUUCACGUUCCUGUUUGCUGCCAUCAUCCUCGUCAUCCCUGCUGGAAUAAUUGGAGCUCUGCAGUGUUUCGACCAGCGGCGGGAACACAGGGACUCUGAUGCGUCCUAAGUGAUGUCAGGGAAACGGAGAACAAGGUACUCAUCCACUCUGUGAUGGUGUUAGAAACUGUAAUCCUAACAAACAUAAAGACUUCUAUUCUGCAAAGGGAUCCUUCAAAGAAGUGGCAGUAAACUGUCAAGACCAAAGAAAGAAGAAACAACCGUAUGGGAGACGUUGCAGCUAAACCUCCUCGUUUCGUGAGUCAGCAGAGCAUGGCGUUAUCGUACAAAGAGGUCCACAGUCCUACAUCAUUUCAUCAAGACAUCCACACACACGGACACACAUGAAGGCUUUCUACAUGAUUUUCUAUGUUUUUUUGUACAGCUAGUUGAGUGCUGCGUUAGAUGUUUUUGUUCCUUUUUAGCAAGAUUUAAAUCAGGGAUGUUUUCUGGUUACAUUAGUAAUCAAAACGGGAGACAGCCUUGACACACUUAAUGUCUGUUCAACCAGAAGUUAAAGCUCUCUUUUAAAAGAAAUUCUGGACGUUCUGCUAAACAUUUUUUUUUAACUAGUCUAAGAUCUGGAAAACGUUUUCUUCUACCUGGGUCCUGGUUGAUCGGUUUUACGUCUAAGUGACAUUUUGUCACCAAAACGUAAAAAUCAACAAAUAUUGAAAGCAGUUUGCCAAAAACUGAAGGGAAAAAAAAAAAAAGACAAUGCGGGAUCCAAAUGAUCUUUGGUUUUAAAAUUUUAAUUUGAGUCGUUUUAAACGAAGAGAUGACAAUAAGCUUGAGUUUUUUUAUGGUCAUGGUGGAUUUUAUACUCAGACUACUUAUUUAUCAAAUCAUUUUGGGAAUAUUAAAAGUUAAAUACAGAUGAUACCAUGCAAAUUUGGACAACUCCAAUUAAAUGUUUGGUGGUUGUUUUUAUGCUGUAAUGAUGUAACACCUGUUUUGGUUUUUGCACUUGGAUGGAAAAUAAACUCUCUUAAUUAA